GAGAAAAGGGCCAAAUGCCAAACGAAAACGAAAUCCCACCCAAAUAAAAGAAAACAGAAACGACGUUGGAAACACGUCACAGAAAAAUUAAAUAAAAAUUCUUAAACUGCAGUCUUUUAGUUCAUUCCGUGAAUUCUUUAUUUUUAGUAUUGAAAAAAAGUUAAAAACGAAAAUAUAAUGGAAGCUCUCUAUCACCAGACGAAUAGAGUUCUCCAGGAAAUCGAACGAAGUUUCCAAACCCUUGCCAGCGCUCCGCCAAAUGAUUUUUCAACUAUUGAAAAUGAUAUUCACAUGAAAAUAACAACGGUUAAUUCAAAUUGUGAUCGAUUGGAUGUGCUGUUGUACAAAGUUCCAGUUACCCAAAGACCAAGUGCAAAAAUGAGGAUAGAUCAGUUAAAAUACGAUAUAAGGCAUUUACAGAAUGCCUUGGAAGUCUACAGACAAAAGAAACAACGACGGCAAGUGGAAAUAGAUGAAAGGGAACAGCUCUUGAACCAUAGAUUCACCUCAAAUCAAGAAACUUGCCUCGACAUCGACUUCGCCCUUCAACAAAACACCUCACUGAAUAACGCCCACACCGGAGUGGAUGAAAUGAUUUCAACCGGAGCGAACAUUCUGGGUAGUCUUAUAAAUCAACGCGAAACUCUGAAAGGCGCCCACCGAAGAAUUCUAGCCAUAGGCAGUACCCUAGGCCUUUCAAAUCACACGAUGAAGCUGAUCGAGCGGCGAUUUGUCGAGGACAAAUAUGUCAUGAUCGGAGGCAUGAUAAUAACCUUGCUUGUAAUCAUGUUAGUGAUAUACUUUAUUGUUUUUUAAAAUGUUUUCUCUUAAAAAUUGACACAAGUCGAAAAAUGUGGCUUAUUCCAACGCUAAUAUAAUUAUUUUUCCAUAAAUUUGA